AUGUCCGUCCAGUCCACCAAGGCCGUUGUCCUCGACCACCUCGUCGACGGCGAGGUCUCGACCAAGAACUUCCGCCUCGAGAGCAAGCCCGUGCCUGAGAUCCAGGAUGGCCAGGUCCUCGUCCAGGUCGUCGCCUUCUCCCAUGAGCCUGCCCAGCGUCAGUGGAUCGACGCCAACACCGACGAGCGCCGCCUGUACACCACCCUCAUCAAGCCUGGAGAGACGAUCCGCGCGCCGAUUGUCGGCCGUGUCCUUGCGUCCAAGCUCCCCAAGUACCCCGUUGGCACCACCCUUGCUGGUUUCCACGGCUGGGCCGAGUAUGCUGUUCUCUCCGAGGGCGAGAUCUUCGCCGCUGUCCCGCCCACCGCCGAUGGCAAGGUCGACCUCCAUGCCCUUGACGUCUUCGGCCUGGCUGGUAACACGGCGUACGUUGCCACUGCCGAGUACGGCAAGAUUAAGCCUGGCAGCACGAUUGUCGUGUCCGGCGCCGCUGGUGCCAUCGGCUCGCUCGUCGUCCAGCUCGCCAAGAAGGUGUUCGGUGCCGCUCGCGUCAUCGGUAUCGCCGGCGGCAAGGCCAAGUGCGAGUGGGUCAAGACGCUCGGUGCCGACGAGUGCAUCGACUACAAGUCGUCCGACUGGGAGGAGAAGCUCCGUGCGGCUGUGCCCGACUAUGCCGACAUCUACUUUGACAAUGUUGGCGGCCCGAUGCUCGACGUCAUGCUCCAGCUCGUCAAGCCCAACGGCACCAUCGUCGUCAUCGGCGCCAUCUCGACCUACAACGGCGAGCCGCUCAAGAUCAGCAACUGGCCCCAGGUCAUCUACAACCGCCUCAACAUCCGCGGCUUCGUCAACCUCGACCACCCCGAGCUCAUUGCCCAGGGCCAGACCGACUUUGCCAAGUGGAUCGGCGAGGGCAAGAUUGACGUCGAUGAGAUCCAGACGGUCGUCCACGAGAAGAUCGAGGACGUGCCCAAGACUUGGCUCCGUCUCUUUGACGGCUCGGCCAAGGGCAAGAUCAUCUCGCAGAUCGCCGCUUAG